AUGUGGAGUGUGAUUUGGUUACUUGGGACGGUUUCAAGCGUUUUCGGUGCUGCAGGAAAUGGGGUGAUUAAUUUUGGUGGUUUUAUGUGUCCACGUGAGGAAAAAGCACUGGGUGGCUGUCUCAAAGAUGCUUUAAAUACAUAUAUCCCACAGCUGGCCACAGGAGUGCCCGAGUUCGGUGUGCCGCCAUGCGAGCCUCUGUUGGUGCCAUCCCUGUCCGUCCAGCAAUCCACUGGACCAAUAUCUGUGACGUCAUCGUAUUCGGAAGUAACAGUGCGUGGCCCAUCCACGAUGCGCGUCAGAGACGUUAAGGUGGACGCGAAGAACCAAAAGGUGAUAGCCAAGAUAUUCAUCCCUGAAUUGAGAAUGAAGGGCCAUUACAAUCUGGCUGGUCAUCUUUUGAUGAUUCCCAUCGAGGGCGAAGGCAAAUUCUCAGCAAAAUAUGGUGACAUUAAUGUGAACGUGACGAUUGUGUUGGGACGUUUGCCUCGCGCUAAUGGGAAGGACGUCUUGUCUUGCAAGCAACUCGAUGUUAAGUUCCAAGUGGGCUAUGCAUCUGUGGAACUCGAGAACCUUUCCGACAGUGAUAAUGACUUGGGUGUGGCAAUGAACAAAUACCUCAACGAGAACUGGCAGAAGCUUGCGGACGAGUUACAAACACCCAUGGAGGAUGCCCUGCAUGACUUCCUGAAGCCACUGGCUGACCACGCCUUCGCCACCUUAGACGCCGACGAUAUACUAUUACCUUGA